UUUUGUACGUAUAAGCCAUUUCUUUGCAUUCUAUACGAAUUGUUUGUUUGUAUAUAUGUUUAUAUAUCACGAAAACAACUUUGAAUAUACGUGCAUUCUGGUUGUCUGGGUAGUGGCCAUCUUGCCCCGUCUACCCCUAUAUUGAACAAAAUAAUUCCUAUCUCUUAAAUCGCGUAGCAGGCGCUGCUAAACGAUAUCAUCGAAACUGACAAUGUUGAGUUAUUUGCUCUAGAAGCAUGAAUCUGCUGUAUCUAAUUAUAUUUAUACAUAUUUAUUUCAACCAUCAAAUAUUAUGCUACCGAUCGGCUCACGGCAGCGGAAGAAAAAUGGCAGAAAGGAAUUCAAGAAACAAUGCAAAAUCAAGAAAAGAUGAUCGAUUCAGUGAUAAUUAUGUGUACAGUACAGAUUAUUCACCCUCAGAAAGUGGGACAUACUAUGAAGAUGACGGGGAUUAUGACAGUCUGCGGAAUUCUCGUGAAGAGAAGGAUACCUCUGACGGCACGGGUCACUACGACAUCGAAAACUUGAACGCCUUCAGCGAUGAUGAAGUUUCCCUAGCAUUGUCCAUGCUGACGGAACAUGAAUUGGAUAAACUCGACCGAUUGAUAGAUGAUAACGACCAACAGGAUGCCGGUGAAAUGAUGACAAAGCGUGAAAUAGACAAAACACAAAAGAGGAAACGAGAGUGUCAUGGCGAAUCUUGCCUCCAGGCGGAAAGGGAUGGAGCUCGAGCAGUAAGAGGUUCAAACACGGAAAAGGAUCAACUUGCUUCGUUUAGAUCCUGGUUUUCAAGAAAUAAAACUACAAAAACUACUAGAAGAACUACUACAACCAGAAAGCCUUCGGUGAGAACUUCAAAAACACGGACACCAACGAAACCAACCAAAAAAUCUCCAUCUACGAAGAUCAUUAAGGGUAGGGAGCCACAGAGAUAUCUACCUGAUAAUAGCAAUAUAUUACGUUAUGGCAGCAACAAAGGCGCGAGGGAUAUGAUUGAUAAAAAUGUUCGAGAAAAAAUAAAUUUCUUAACACGCAAAAUAAAAAGGCGAGCGGAUCAAAAGUCGGAAGACAGACUCUCGGUGAGAGGAAGGAAGGCGCCUUUGCACCACACGGGAAUGAAUCGACAACAGGAAACUUCAAUCCGCCGAAAAAGGAAUUCUAUCGUCUCUGGAACACGUGGAACGUUGGAGGAUUCGUUUCCUCAUCCCAGCCAUGAAACGGCUUCAUUUCACGCCCCGAUGGAACCAUUGGUCCGCGUUAAGCGAGGCCCUGUUGCAAUAUAGUAUCUUUUACUUGCUGCUUGUGUACUGUAUUAUGUUCUAUAUAUGCAUUUGUACGUUCCAAUAAAGCCAAUAAUUAGUAAUCUUA